UUGUGCUAUGUAUACUAUCGAUAUUCACAGAAUUAGUGUUGGAAAAUGUUCAUAAACAGCACUGAAAAUUGGCCGAUCCACCCACCCCCAUAAAUUUAUAUUCAAUUUGGUCACACUACAAACGACAAAAACAACUUUGCCAGCCCGUUUAUGCGGUAAAAAAAAUCCAUUGCCAGCCUUAUUUAUGCUGUAAGACAUGGCAGAUUUGCAUAGAAACCUUUAGAUAGCCAUGCCUGCGCUUACCGAACACAUUGCUGGUUAAAUUCAGUUUGAAUGUAAAUAAGAAAUACACUGCACAAAAUUCCAACCAACUGCGACUCCAAGCCAAUGGAUCCCCUCAAACCGAAGCCAGUGCCACUGGCCGCCGAGACUGUGCUGUGGUUCGAGUUCCUGCUCGAUCCCCACAAGAUCACACAGCACUUACAGCGCGCCCAGCCGGAGCCCAGUGCGGUGGAACUCAUCAUGCAGUUCAUCAGCAUGACGCCGGACACUGCCACUCCCUCCGUUGUCACGCCCGGUAGCGAUUUGCAGUCUUUAUCCGGACCUGGAUCCGGUCCAAUACCCGGCGUGGUUGGGGGAGCCAAUGCCACAUCUCCGGCUGCAUCGGCGGCUUUGAAUGUUCCUCCCAUUACCCAGCGGCAGGGAGAGAAUGGCCUGCAGUUGACCAGAAAACAGCUGGCGUUGAAGAUCCUCGAGCUAAAAGUGGCCACCUGGUUAAGGUGGGAUCUGGACGCCUUGGAGAAGAGCCUGCCCGUGUUAAUGCAGCUGGCACUGCUGCGUGAUCUCUGCACCAUUAGCUAUGGUCGUUCCCUGAGUAUUCCCCUGUCCAGCGAUUUUGAUAUGAAGACUUCUCCUUCUGGAAAUGAACGGGCAGCUAGAUUCGCAUUAACAAUCUACCACCGCCUGUUGCUUCGCAUGCAGCUGAUCAAGGAACAGGCGCUGAAAACGCCACGGCCACCAAGUACCAUGUAUCAAACUGUGGACCAACUGCAACAGUUUCUGGACUCUCCCACGCAGCCGUCUAUCGAGUAUCUGCAACAGUUGUGCAGUUCGGGAAAACCGUUUUACGUUUUCCACUACGACAGUUUCGUUACGCUGCAGUGCGACGAUCUGGGAACUGGCCAAAACUACGACCUAAUGCAUCUGAUCACGCCGCAGGAGCUGAAGGCUCAGCUAUAUUACGAGUUGGCCCAAUAUUACCUGUUCACCAAGCAGUAUGUUUUGGCCAGAGAAGCAGCCGCCGCCUGCAAUACCAAUCUCCAGGCCAUACCACCGCAGACGACACUUUAUUUCUGUCACAUUAAACCAGUGGAGCUGGAGGGCUUGUUGCAAGCCUGCGGUAUCAGCGCCCAGCAGCAGACGCUCCUCGAACGGUUCCAGCACUCGUUGCUAAGCAAUUAUGCCGACAUUGUUCCCAUCCUGAAACUGGACAACAAAAUCCGUGAGAUUCCCUUAGUGAGUCGAAGGCAACUCGAACUGGACAUCGAGGGCUCGAUAUCCUCUGGAAUUCUUAAGGAACCCGCUCAUCUACAACUUCAGGUCGCUGCCUUAAACGUGGUGCGAAAUAUCUUCGAGUGGGGGAGCAUUUUCGGGAGCGUGGAGUACUUUGAGAAAUACCGGGAACUAGACUGCCUCCCACCGUUGGUGGAGGGCCUGCAGGAGAUCCUGCCGCACUGUAGUUUAAAAGAGCAAGUAGCGUUAAAGCAGUUCCUCAUCGACUGCCUGCUGCACCAAGGCGGACAAUCCCGACAGCUGUUGCAGACGGUGCGGGGUAUUGGUCUAUUCUCGGCAGAGGAACUCCAGGAUCUGGACGAGCAGAUGCUGCAAGCUGCGCCGCCGGUGCCGACGAAUUCCCUAGCCUCGCUUUCCGACUGGAUGUGCCACUCCAAGAUGACCCGAGUGGACGUGGCUGCCUUGGAACAGCAGUUAAUAAGUUGCACCAACGCCAACACUGUGCGGAUUCUGCUGGUGAAACUGUGUGGCACAGCGCCCGGCAGACCCCUGUGGGCCAUCAACCCCAGUUGGGAUGUUCCCCAGCCCAUAAAAAAUCUGAUAAUGGGCAUGCCAGUUAGCUUCCUGCAGGAUUUCAGCUAUGUGUUAUUGGGGAAGGCGCGGGAACUGGCCAUGAGAGGCAACUACAUCGAUGCGGUUGCCAUGCUGAGUGUCCUGAAGUCGGAGACGCAGCGCCAAGAGAUGGGGGCCAAUGUUCAGCUAAUGUGCAAACUGCUCACCUGGGAAAUCCUGCACAUCCAAGUCACCCAGACCCUGGAGGAGUGGCAUCAGAAGCCUCUGGAUCUGCAGGCGCUCGGCGGAAAAUGCAAGCAGUGCUUGAGUGAUUCUAUUAUUCCUCGGCAGGACAUCCUCGAGAGCUGCGCCAUCAUGCUGCUGAACCUAACAGAAUUCACGCCGCUUAUGUAUUUGGACAAGCGAUCGGGUGCUCUGGAACUGCCCGUUGCCUUUGCCGCCACCUUCAUCGAAAUGGAGAAGAUGAAGGGGCCCAAGAAAGUGUGCCGCGAUGCCUGGGAUCUCAUGCUUAGCAUGUUCCUGAGCGUCCCGAAACGAGCUUCCUCUGGUGUGGGCGGAACCAGCUCCCUGCAGGCCUUCCUUCAGCGUAUCCGGCAUCAAAGUAUCUUUGGUCUAUCCAUCUCCAUGAUUGGAAAAAUACACAACAUCCUGAAGGACGACCCCAACCACGAUCUGAGCUGCGAGUACAUGCAGCUCUGGCCCACCAGCAUUAAUAAUCCCAUCAACUACAGCUUGAGAAGCGUUUGCGAAACGCUCCAGUGGCUACUCUCCGAGGCGUUAACCCACUACCCGCAGACGAUUUCAUGGCUGAAGAUGAAGGGCGAUCUGGACCUGGCCAUCGGGAACAAUGAGUCGGCCAUGAGGUGCUAUGUAAAUGCUCUGGUCACCGGUACAGAUUACUGCACCAUGCCCCUGCAGCGGAAUGUGGCAGACGACUACGUUAUCCGGAAGAUGAUCCGGUGUGCUGCCAAUCUGGGCUGUCACAUGCAGGCCACAGUGUUGUGCCAGUUUCUCGACGAGAUCGACUACGGCAUCGUUUUCAAGAAUCUCAGCGAGAAGUCUUCGAAUUUUACGGACGCCAUGGAUGCCUAUUACAGCUGCAUUUGGGAUACGACGCUGCUGGAGUUCAUCGUCAAUCUGCAUGCGAAAAGGGGCGAACAUAGUCGAAAACUGGAAGCGAUCUCUAUGAUGGGAACCUUAGAGCUGAAUGCGAACAACAACGAGGAAAUCAAACGAGAGAGCGCCAUGGUGCGAAAAUCAAGAUUCUUGCGCGCCUUGGCCAAGCAGUAUUUGCUGUAGUCGCAGCCCCCCUCCCCCAUUACACAGAAACUCCAAUGCAAGAUCUAAAAUCCAAAUCCAUAAUCCAACAUCCCAACCUCACCCACGCCCACAAGCAGACCAAUUAGUCUUAAGCUCAAAGAUGUAAUUUUAAUGUAGAAAUAGGCUUUUAAUUUGCAAUAGGUUAAUAUUAAAAAGUUGUACGUUUUUUCAGAAAA